CAACAAAAUCAAAGCCUCAUCUCUCUCUCUCUCUCUCUCUCUCUCUCUCUCUCUGUGUGUGUGUGUGUGCCUAUGGGACUCUGCAACUCUUCAGACUCUUCAUCUCCUCGCAACAGCUAUAGCUCAACCCCCAUGAAAGCUCAAGAAGCCGCAGAACAAAGCCGGCCAAAGCAGCCCGCGUUUCCUCCCUCACUCUUCCUGCCAAAAACUCCUUCUCUGUCCCAGAUUGGGCAGAUUCUAGGCCGGCCCCUCGCCGACAUAACCAAGUUCUACAAUAUUGAUAAAGAGCUGGGGAGGGGUCAGUUUGGGAUCACAUAUCUCUGCACAGAGAAGGCCUCCAGGAGGAACUAUGCCUGCAAGUCCAUAUCGAAGCAAAAGCUUACGAGCAGCAGUGAGAUUGAAGAUGUUAGAAGAGAGGUUUCCAUAAUGCAGCACCUGAAUGGGCAGCCCAAUAUUGUGGGUUUCAAGGGUGCUUAUGAGGACAAGAACAAUCUGAAUUUGGUGAUGGAGCUCUGCUCUGGUGGGGAGCUUUUCGACCGGAUUACGGCUAGGGGAAGCUACACGGAGAAGGAGGCGGCGAGGAUUGCGCGGCAGAUUGUGAAUGUGGUUCAUAUUUGUCAUUUCAUGGGGGUCAUGCACAGGGACUUAAAGCCCGAGAAUUUCUUGUUUGUCAGUAGAGAUAAGGAUGCUCCUUUGAAGGCCAUCGAUUUUGGGCUCUCCGUUUUCAUAGAGAGAGGAAAAGUUUACAAGGACAUUGUUGGAACUGCUUAUUACAUCGCUCCAGAGGUGUUAAAGCAGAAUUACGGGAAGGAGAUAGACGUAUGGAGUGCAGGAGUGAUUCUAUAUAUUCUUCUAAGUGGAGUGCCUCCAUUCUGGGCCGAGAAUGAGAAAGACAUAUUUGAAGCAAUUUUAAAGGGGCAGGUCGACCUUGAAUGCCCACCAUGGCCUUCCAUAUCCACUGGUGCCAAGUCGCUCAUCAGGAAAAUGUUAAUGGUGGAUCCAAAAAUGCGAAUAACCGCUGCCCAAGCCCUUGAGGAUCCAUGGCUGAGAGAAGAUGGCAGCGCAUCAAGCACGCCUCUUGAUAGUGCCGUUCUCAUGAGGAUGAAGCAAUUCAGAGCAAUGAACAAGCUGAAAAAGCUUGCUUUAAAGGUUAUCGCUGAAAAUCUUCCCAAGGAAGAAAUCCAGGGCUUGAGACAAGUGUUUGAAAACAUGGAUACUGAUGGAAGUGGCACGAUCACGUAUGAAGAACUCAAAACUGGGUUGCAUACGCUAGGAUCAAAGCUUUCUGACGCUGAAAUAAAAGCUCUGAUGAAUGCUGCUGAUAUUGACAACAGUGGGACUAUCGAUUACGUUGAAUUCAUCACUGCUACCAUGCAUCAGCAUAGGCUCGACACUGAACAGAACUUGCUAGUGGCCUUCCGGUUUUUUGACAAGGAUGACAGCGGGUUUAUAACUAGAGAUGAACUGAGACAAGCUAUGAAUCAGUACGGAAUGGGGGAUAAGGCCACGAUCGAUCAAGUCCUCGAUGAUGUUGACACUGACAAAGAUGGUAGAAUUAAUUAUGAAGAAUUUGCAGAGAUGAUGAAGAGAGGAACACCAGAUACCUUUGAUCAUCACAGAUGGAACUAGCUUCUCACAGUCGCAGGAAAAUUAAGCCUUUUGUUAUGCAGCUUCUCUUCUGCCCUGGCCUGAUUGUAAAUUAAUGUUCCUAGGACUAGGAUUAAUAAACCCCCCCACCCCCCUCUCUUCUGCUCAUCUUCUUGUUGUAAUAAUGCUUCCCCUCUACCCACAUUGAAAAAGAAACUAUAUAUAAGUAAAUAAAAGGCAACCACUGUUAAGUGGCAA